ACCAAAAUUGUCACAAGUUCAAAGUGGAGUUAACACACUUUUCCACAUUUUCCAUUCUGAUAGCUCUUUACUUUCCUCGUCCUUCACUUUAAGUACAUCAACUUAAAGUUAAAGCAAAAAAAUGGAGUCAGACAUGGCUGAAGGAUUAAGAAGAAGAUUAUCAGGUCCAAAACCAAUAGAUACAAAAAGGAAAGAAGGCAUCGAAGAAUACGACAUGGUGACUGUGGAAGAAGAGCCAUUGAGUCCAAUGGCUCGUAUUUUUCACGAUUCGAGAUUCGAUGUCCAUUGCAUUGCCUUUAUGGCUUGCAAAACUCAGAUCUCGCCGCAGCCUAUUAAGGACAAGUUGGUGCAUACUUUGCUUAAGCAUCCUCGUUUCACUAGCUUGAUGGUUGUAGAUGAAGAAAAUUUAGCAGACAUGAAAUGGGUCCAAACAAAGAUUGACAUAGAUCAACAUAUUAUAGUAGCUGAAGUGGAUGAAAGUCAGCUAGAAUCACCAGACAAAUUCGUGGAGGAUUACAUUUACAACCUUACCAAAACCAGCCUUGACAGAACCAAGCCACUUUGGGACCUUCACAUUAUCAAUGUCAAAACUCGUAAUGCGGAGUCCGUGGCCGUGCUUAGGGUUCACCAUUCUCUCGGCGAUGGCACCUCACUCAUUUCUCUUUUACUCGCGUGCACUCGCCAAACUGCUGAUGAGCUCAAGCUUCCUACCAUUCCAACCAAGAAAAGGAGGCCUACUCCUUCAGGUAAUUCAACAAAGGAAGGGUCGUGGAGGUUUUUCGGAGCAUUUUGGCUUUUCAUCAGAAUGCUUAUGAAUACUGCGGCGGAUGUUUUCAUGUUCAUCAUAACAGUCGCUUUCUUUAAGGAUACAAAAACGCCAGUUAGCGCUGUGACUGAUUCUGAGUUUACUAAAGCUAGACGAAUCGUUCACAGGAUAAUCAGUCUGGAUGAUCUGAAGUUUGUCAAAAAUGCUAUGAAUGUUACUAUAAAUGAUGUUGCCGUGGGAUUAACACAAGCUGGUUUAUCUAAAUAUCUCAAUAGGAGAUAUGCUGUUGGUGGCAAAGACAAGGGAGCCACAGAGAGAAACAACAAUCUUCCCAAAGGCAUUCGACUUCGAACCUGUCUUAUUUUUAACCUAAGAUCCUCCGCAGGAAUUGAAGAUCUCGCUGAUAUGAUGGAGAAUGGCAGCAAAGGGAAGCGGGGUUGGGGAAAUUGGUUUGGUUAUGCGCUGUUACCGUUCAAGAUUGCACUGCGGGAUAAUCCUUUAGACUACGUGAAAGAAGCAAAAGCGACAAUUGAUCGCAAAAAGCAAUCGUUUGAAGCUUUGUUCACUUUGACCAUGGCCCAAAUACUUAUUAAGCUUUUUGGCGUCAAGGUAGCUACAGAUGUGACUCUCAGAGUAUUUUCAAAUUCAACAAUAUGCUUCACCAACUUGGUUGGACCACAGGAGGAAAUUGGAUUCUGUGGCAACCCCAUUACUUAUUUUGCUCCAAGUGCUUAUGGGCAGCCAAGUGCAUUGAUGAUCAAUAUCCAAAGCUAUAUCGAUAAGAUUAUCAUUGUCGCAUCUGUUGAUGAACAUGCUAUUCCUGAUCCACAACUAUUGCUUGAUGAUUUCGAGGAUUCUCUUAAUCUCAUAAAGAAUGCUGUUAUAGAAAGAGGGCUUGUCAAGAAUUUCAAAUGAUCAAGAAAUUCAACCAAAUUAAGAAGGUUGUACAAGCAAUUGUACUGUAUUAAAGAACUGUUGCAGUAAUUCUCUUUCCUAUUGCUUUCAAUUUUAUAUCGAAGAACAUGGUACUGUUGUUUUCUCUGGGAAACUACAUUCUAAUUAAUGUUAUUCAUAUCAAUGUAUUACAAAUCAGUAAUAGAAUUCUCAUGCACAAUGGAGAGAAUCAAAGUGUGUUAUUGAUGGUUAA